CCCCCUCCACCGCGAAAUUCCCCAAACCCAGCUUCAAAAAAGCCGGCACUAACCUCACAGCACAACAACAACCUCACCGUCGACGACCGUCCAUUCUCCCUUCUACUCACCACCCCAAUCCGAGCGACAACAUGGCUGAUCGAGGCGAUCGAGGCGGUGCCCGUGGAGGUUUCGGUUCCCGAGGUGACCGUGGCGGCGACAGAGGCCGUGGCCGUGGACGUGGACGUGGCCGCCGUGGAGGUCCCAAGGACAGCGACAAGGAAUGGAUGCCCGUCACCAAGCUCGGCCGUCUCGUGAAGAGCGGCAAGAUUAAGAGCAUGGAGGAGAUCUACCUGCACUCUCUCCCAAUCAAGGAGUACCAGAUUGUCGACCACUUCCUCCCCAAGCUCAAGGAUGAGGUCAUGAAGAUCAAGCCCGUCCAGAAGCAGACCCGUGCCGGUCAGCGAACCCGAUUCAAGGCCAUUGUUAUCAUUGGUGACUCCGAGGGCCACGUUGGUCUCGGUAUCAAGACUUCCAAGGAAGUCGCUACUGCUAUCCGUGCCGCUAUCAUCAUUGCCAAGCUGAGCGUUAUCCCCGUACGACGUGGUUACUGGGGUACCAACCUUGGUCUGCCUCACUCGCUCCCCGUCAAGGAGAGUGGAAAGUGCGGUUCCGUCACCGUCAGAUUGAUCCCCGCCCCUCGUGGUACCCAGAUCGUCGCCUCCCCCGCCGUCAAGCGUCUCCUCCAGCUCGCUGGUAUCGAGGAUGCCUACACAUCAUCUUCCGGCUCAACCAAGACUCUAGAGAACACCCUCAAGGCUACCUUUGCCGCCAUCUCCAACUGCUACGGUUUCCUGACCCCCGAGCUCUGGAAGGAGACGAAGCUUAUCCGCAGUCCCCUCGAGGAGUACGCGGACACCCUCCGUGAGGGCAAGAAAUACUAAAAAGGGAAAUUACGGGCAUACGGCGUGGAUCUCUUUUCGGGUUUUGUUAAUUUGCAUCGGUGCCGGGUGGGCAGGCAUCGCAUUGAGGUAGCAAAAUAAGCACCUAUCUUCUGACCAUCUGGUUUCUCUCCUUUUAGACAGUGUCCCUUUUGAUGACAUGUGCCUAUCAACGUUCUUAUUAGCCCACCAUUUGGGUAGGUGACUUUGUAACUGCCGCGGCUGGCUAGUUUGCAUUGAAUGCUGCUCUCAGUUCUGUGGAAGCAC